AUGGAGAGAACACGAAUUGCGAAGGUAGACGACGUCAGACUCGUCCGCAGGGGCGAGCAAGUUGAAGGAAAUCUACAUCUGACACCCCACCACCUCAUCUUCUCGCAUACGCCUCCUACCGCAGAGGAAGCUAACGCUAGACCGCGAGAACUAUGGAUCACCUAUCCAAUCAUCCAUACAUGUACUCUACGCCCAGCUCCACCGGCAUCCCAUCUACCAUCUUCGAUACGGCUACGAUGUAGGGACUUGACUUUUGUCUGCUUCUGCUUCGCAGAUGAGAAGAAGGCACGAGACGUGUAUGAUAGCAUCAAGGCGUGGACGUGCAAAUUGGGAAGGAUAGAAAAGUUGUACGCAUUCAGCUACCAGCCGCAGCGGCCAGAGAAGGAGGUUAAUGGGUGGAAUGUGUACGAUGCAAGAAGGGAAUGGAGAAGAUUAGGUGUUAGUGAGAAGAGCACGGAUAAAGGGUGGAGGAUAUCGAACAUCAAUACAGAUUACGCGUUCUCAUCAACAUAUCCUGCUCUUCUCGCUGUGCCGACAUCAAUCUCCGACAAUACCCUCAACUACGCAGGCAGAUAUCGCUCGCGUGUACGUCUACCUGUAUUGACAUACCUACAUCCAGUCAACAAUUGCUCCAUCACAAGAUGUGCUCAGCCGCUGGUGGGAGUUCGAGGGAACCGAAGCAUCCAAGAUGAGAAGCUUUUGCUUGCGAUAUUCUCCACUUCGCAUUCAGAUCCCAAUUCUUCAGAGCCGCCUUCCAGACCUCGGAGUCCUCAAUCUCUUCGAUCGAGCGAAGGUGACAUUGGAUCACAAGGGUCGGAUCCUCCUCCCACAGAUGCUGAAACGCUGGAAGAUGAGAUGAUAAAUCGGACAGCAAGCGAGGACAAGGAUGAGCCAAAAGUGUACGGUGCGCAGCAGCAUAAUCUUAUAGUCGACGCUCGGCCCACUGUGAACGCUUUGGCGAUGCAAGCUGUAGGAUUAGGCUCGGAAAACAUGGACAAUUACCGCUUCGCAACGAAGAUCUAUUUGGGAAUUGACAACAUUCACGUUAUGAGAGACUCGCUGAACAAGGUUGUCGAUACACUGAAGGAGUCGGACGUGACGCCCUUGGCACCAAAUCGAGAAGCCCUGGCGAAAAGCCAUUGGCUUAAGCAUAUCGGCGGUCUACUUGAUGGGGCGGGAAUUAUUGCUAGACAGGUCGCUCUUCAACAUUCGCACGUCCUCAUACACUGCUCCGAUGGAUGGGAUCGAACAAGCCAGCUCAGUGCUCUAGGUCAGCUCUGUCUUGAUCCUUACUACCGUACUCUCGAAGGCUUCAUCGUUCUUGUAGAGAAGGACUGGUUAUCAUUCGGUCACCAAUUCAAUCAUCGAUCUGGGUUCCUGUCGAGCGAAAAAUGGUUUCACAUCGAGAAUGAACGAGUAGGCGGAGAUAGCAACAAGCAGCCGAGCUUAGUCGGACACAACAGCGGCGCGGGUCAGGCUCUGGAGAAUGCCUUGUUGAGCGCCAAAGGUUUCUUCAACAAGGACAACAAGAGCAAAGACUCUAUCGUCGAUUCAGAUGGCGAAAUGCAGCCGUACGACAUGUCUCCGACCUCUAAGAGAAGCGCUGCUCCAGGCAAAGGAAGUGGAAGCGACAAAAGCACCACUAAGGUCAAAGAGACUAGCCCAGUCUUCCACCAAUUCCUCGACGCUACUUACCAACUGCUCCAUCGCCAUCCUACUCGGUUCGAGUUCAAUGAACGCUUUCUCCGUCGCUUGCUUUACCACCUUUAUUCUUGCCAAUAUGGCACUUUCCUGUACAACAAUGAGAAAGAGCGUGUUGACGCCCGUGUCAGUGAGAAGACACGAAGUGUUUGGGACUAUUUUUUAUCCCGAAAAGAACAAUUCAUAAACGAAAUAUACGAUGCAACGAUUGACGAUAAUGUCCGAGGUCAAGAACGACUGGUUCUGCCAGGGACUGGUGAGCUUAGAUGGUGGCAUGAACUAUUUGGCCGGACUGAUGCUGAAAUGAAUGGUCCUACGAGGACCACGAGAAACCGAGCUCAGGGUGACAUCCUUGUCGAUCCCACAGUGCUCACCGGGGUUGAAACAGCUGAUAAUUCUGUGGGGGCCGGAGCACCAGGGAGAGUAUUACCAAAUGAAGAUGCUUCCUCUUUGUCAGUCUUGGCUGCUGGACUUGGAGGGUUGGGCAUUAGCAAGAGCAGAGGGAAUGAGCCAUCGAGCCUGAAGCGCGAGAUGGAAUCGGACGGAGAAGAGCCCACCUCGCCCACCCCAGCCGAAGACCCCGAGACCGUCGAUGUCGCCGCCGACGCGCCUGCCGCCGGUGGCAGCUCUCAGAUGACCACCCUCGAAGCCCUCAAAGGCGCCCUGAAGCUCGCCCUCAUCCACGACGGCCUCGCCCGCGGCCUCCGCGAAGCCUCCAAAGCGCUCGACCGGCGCCAGGCGCACAUGUGCGUGCUGAACGAAGGGUGCGAGGAGGAGGCCUACAAGAAGCUGGUGGUGGCGCUGUGCGGGGAGCACGGGAUCCCGCUGAUCAAGGUGCCCGACGGGAAGAUGUUGGGGGAGUGGGCCGGCUUGUGCGUGCUCGACCGCGAAGGCAACGCCCGGAAAGUCGUCAAUUGCUCUUGCGUCGUGGUGCGGGAUUGGGGCGAGGAGAGUCAGGAGCGGUCCAUCUUGAUCAAUUACUUCGCGACCGAGCAAUAG